CUGAGAACAGUUGUAUAGCUAGCUAGCUGGCUUGACAACUUGCUAUAAACCUGAGGCUCUGUGUAGCCAAGAGUAGUAAUCUCUCUGUUUCCUGGUAGUUCUAGCUAGCUAAGUACUAUACUAUACUUACACAGAGAGUAACACAGCAAUGGCUAAAAGUGUGCUAUUUUACUGCAUUACAUUAGCUUCAACCUUGCUCUUUAUUUUUCGUCAAGUUAAAUCUUGUAGCCAUGGUGAGAUCAGAAUAGUGAAUGUGGUAGGUGCCUACCAGGGUUCUCUGGAGGUGUGUGUUGCCGGGAGAUGGAAUGGAGUCUGCGAUGAUGAUGAUGGAGAUUCCAUGAACCAAACAGCUGCAGUGGCUUGUCGGCAGAAUGGUUGUGGAGUAGGAUUUGCAGAGGCGGGAAGUCUUUGCUCUGAACAUCGAUUCAAGUUUCAAUGCUCAGGACACGAGGCUAACCUAACUAGCUGUGAUAUUGAAAACAGUUCAAAUUGUUCUUUAAAUGGCAAUUCCACCAUGUGCAUGAACGUUCACUGCAUGUUCUGUCCAGCCCCAGUCAGCUUGCUACCUUAUGGAGAGAGUGUUGGUGAUCUUCGAGUACCCUCUAUUCUGGAUACCUCUUCUGGUCCAAUAAAUCUGGCUCAAAACUUCUCAUUUUUUGGAUCUGAAAAAUCUACCAUUUUUGUGGUCACCCAUGGACUUUUAUCGUUUCAGUCUGCAUAUAUAGAUCAUUCUCAACAACCUCUACCAAUUGACAACACUGUGCCACUUAUUUUGCUCUUUUGGAGUGAUACCGAUAUUUCAAGAAGAAUGGGCGGCGGCCAAAUCUUCUACCGUGAGAUAAAUGACAGUGAAAGUAAAAUAAUAACAUUUGCACGUUUUCUGCUACCCCAAAAUAAUAACUUCAAUCCUACGUCAACUUUUAUUACAACAUGGAAUCAAGUUCCACAGACAGUUUUCUCAUUUGAAGCUGAUCGGGAAACUAACAACACAUAUCAGGUGGUUCUAAUGACUGAUGGUCGGAGGUCGUAUGUUUGCUUGUUGUAUUCGAGUAUCCAGUGGGGUCCAGGUGCACAGAUUGGGUUCAAUGCAGGAGAUGGGAACAGAUCAUUCACAGUACCUGGUGGACUGACUCGUGCUACACGAUACAUGGAGAGUUUGUCCAAUGUGGGAAGACCUGGGCUGUUUGUCUAUCAAGUAGAUGGUGAUGAAAUAGGGGCACCUGCUAGCAGUCCCACACAGCUGAUAGUCAUACGAGUAUUUCAGAAUUCACUUCAGCUACGUUGGACAAAUACACACAGUGAAGGAGUGGACCAUUUCAAUGUGUACUGCUAUCACACCAGCUGUCCCUAUUGCUCUCAUCUACCAGCUGUGCACACUGUAACCGCAUCAAGUACCACAGCUACAGUCACCAGACUGACACCAUACACAGAGUAUGGAUGUUGUGUGACAGCAGUUGACUUAAACCAGGAAAGUGACUGCUCGAAAGAACUGAAUAUAUCUACUUUAUUAUUACCAGUACCACCAACAAGGCCAGUUGAUGUUGGUAUCACUGAAUUAACAAGCACAUCAUUUAAACUGGAAUGGUCAAAACCAUUGCAUAUAGAUGGAACGCUACUGUACUACCAGAUAACAUGCUUACAGAACCUCAACAAUGUCUGGCUCAGCACAACCAUGAACAGUAGUGUGGAUGUGAGCAACCUCCAACCAUUCACUAACUACACGUGUUGUAUCUCAGCUACUAAUCAAGCUGGUGAAGGAAGAAGCGCGUGCUCUGAUGCAAGAACAGAUCUAGCUGAUCUCCAAGUUUCCAGCAGUCAAAUCAACUUUGUAAUUGCUUUGUCGGCUGGAGCACUAUCAGCAUUUCUGGUAGUCCUGGCUCUUGUGAUAACAUGCAUAACCUGUUGUUGUUGUUACAAGAGAAGAACAAGCAAACAAGUGACUCUUCAAGGUCAACAAAGCACUGCAGAUCCCGUGUACGAUGUUCCUGAAGAUAUAGAGCUCAAAGAGAAAGGCAGCACGUUGAAAAGUGGUCCACAAAGCAACAACACAUCACACAGACACGUGCAGUACAAAGAAGAGGUGGAUAUACGAUAUGAGAACAAAAAACAGAGAGAGAAGAAGCCAAUGAUGCCGAUAGCUACUCCACCCAUCACUCAACCUGGCCAGCAAAGCAGUGAGAAGAUCUACCAACCGUUGAUCCCUCCCAAGACUUACAAAGAACAAGAAGUCUCAGCCUACCAAGACCUGGCCUUUGAGACAAGAGACGCUGGGACAGACGUGGCUAAUAAUUCAGGGGGACAGUACGAGCCCAUCAGGAAGAAUGAUGAGGACAACCAGUACGAGCCGCUGUCGUUUGGAGGGGGUGGGGCAUCGCAGGAGGGGGCGUACCAACCACUGAGCUUCCAGACGAAGGAUGCCAACACUUACGAAACUAUUCAACCACCCGUACAUGAAAACUGAACUAUGACUUACUUACUGGCUGUAUUAUUUUGUAUGCCUGAGUGUUUUGUGUAUACAUUUUUAAUUAGUGGUCUACUGUUAUGCAGUAGUCAGCCCCA